AUGGAUGGCCAGUCAGAAUGGGUGAUUCAGAUUUUGGAGGACCUGCUACGAGCGUGUAUAUUGGAUUUCAAGGGAAAUUGGGAGUCAAAAGCUACGGCCCUGAUAGAGUUCACCUAUAAUAACAAUUAUCAAGCCACAAUAGGUAUGGCUCCAUAUGAAGCGUUGUAUGGAAGAAAGUGCAGAACGCCGUUGCAUUGGGAUGAGGUCGGAGAGAUAGCAGUUCUGGGCCCAGACAUAGUAACCCAAACAGUGGAACUGGUGGAGAAAAUUCAGAAUAGAAUGCAGGCAGCGCAAAGCCAUCAAAAUAAUUAUGUUGAUCAGCGACGAAGAGAUUUGGAAUUUGUAGUAGGGGAUCACAUAUUCCUUAAAAUGUCGCCAAUGAAAGGGGUAAUGAGGUUCAGAAAGAAAGGGAAGCUCAGUCCAAGAUAUAUUGGGCCUUUUGAGAUCCUGGAUAGGGUGGGAACUCGAGCUUACUGGGUUGCUCUACCACCAAAUCUGUCAGAGGUACAUAAUGUGUUUCAUGUAUCUAUGCUUAGGCAAUACAUUGCUAAUCCAUCUCAUGUGAUUGGACAUGAGUCCAUGCAGUGGACGCCAGAUCUGACCUAUGAGGAACGGUCGAAACAGAUCCUUGAUUGCCAAGCCCGAAAACUGAGGAAUAAGGAGAUCAAGAUGGUGAAGAUCCUAUGGGGAAAUUAG